UUCUGUAUAUUCAUUAAUUAUCAACGAGAUGAUAGAAUGGAUCUAUUUCGUGUUGAUGUGAGGCUUUAACGCGAUGACUAGUGGAUCCUAUAUGGCUAGGUACGGCCCUGCUCGCAGACGAAAAUAGUAGAAAGAGCAGACGACAGUUCGCAGCUCGAGGGCUCUGUCGGUUUCGUCGUAGGCUGCACUGGGCUUUCUGUUGGCGUGUGUACUCGCGCAACUACGGUGCGAGUACGGGAGUCUAUGUACAGAAGUGGAAUCCCGUAGCUCUCGUACGACAAUUCGAUCGAAACCACGAAAGAGUCUCGAGCAACGAGUCAACGAACAUGGCCGAAACGGCAGAAUUCGGCCCUCGCAAAACGAUCUUCAUAUUGGCGAUAGUGGCAGGUUGCUUCGCCGUCUUGUGGCCUAAAAUUUUUUACCCUUUGCUUACCGCCUCUGUCAACCCUCAUCAUCCACCUACGGAAAGUACCGCAUGCUGCGAUGUGAUAUUCGAGAGUGACAUAAAUACAGUGGAUAUUCUGCAAGAAAUGUGUCAGAAUAUUUUGAGGCAUCAUCAAAUCGACCCCCGGGUACGGGAUGCCUUGAAGGUGAAUAAAUUGACGCCUCAAAGUGCAAGUUUAUGUCGAGAGGAAGUCUUAGCCAGAUGUGGCAUAGACUUGUCGUCGUUUUUAGCAGAGAGAGAAAGAUUGGGCAAAUCUUAUAAGCAAGUUUUGGAAGAGAUUCGAUCUUUUAAUAGUUCCUUGUGUUUAAAAAUGAAUUUUGGAGUACCUUUAUCACAACUGGGAAUGCCACACCUUAUCAGAUACCAUAUUUUGAUGCCCCACAGUACCGUGAAACAAGAGCGGAGAACCCCACCUCAUGCAGGAGGUUUACAUCCAGCUAUGAGGGAACGAGGACGAGCAAUUCCAUCAUCCCAUAUUGUGCCGAAAGUAGAAGAUAGACCCGAGCAAGUUGCCAUUCCCAAGAUGAGACCACCAUUGGGUGGAGCUGGUCAUGUAGUACCUGCUCCAAAAGGAAACAGUACCAUGGGAAUCAUCAUGCCUCUUUAUACCUUAGGAAUAAUAUUGUUCUUUGUGUAUACCAUCGUUAAGGUAGUAAAGAAGAAUUCCGACAGUGAGAUCAUAUCCGAGUUUCCGAACAUAGGAGCGGAGGCAGAGAAAGAGUUUCGAAAAAUGGUGUUCAGUCCGGACGUAUUCGCAACUGCAAUGACCGGGUCGUUACAAUAUCGUAAAGAACGAUCCGCCUCUCCCCUCAGACCUGCUCCGACGAUAGAGGAGUUAAAGGACCAAGCAGCAGGGGACAUAGAGAUAGAUCAGCUGAGACGACGAUUGGUCGAGACCGAAGCAGCUAUGGAUCGAAUCAUCUUUCACAUGGGCUUAUCACGUUCGGUAAUGCGUAGCUCAAGCCCACAGCCAGAAACCAAGGAGGAUACGGUUGAUAAAGAAUUAUCUAGCAAAGAAGAUACAGAAUUAGAAGAAAUAGAGGAAUCAUCGCCGACAGUUAAAGUUGUUGGCAUGGAAAUGACAGCUGCUUGUGAAGGAGGUCAAAGGGGCAGUCGACCGACUACCCCUCUUACACCAGUUUCGCACAGCCACGUUGAAAGGGAAAAAACACCACCAAGGCCAAUAUAUUUAGAAGGCGCUUUACCUCCACAGUGUGAACUUCUUGUAACAGAUUCUGAAACACAAGCAGAAAAGCCAGAGGAAGAUGUGGAAGCUCCGGUAGUUCUAUCAGGCAAAAUGACCCUCUCCCUCAUCAGUCUCGACCAGAUUGCAGCUGAAACUGAUGACAAUGGCCUGCAAGAACCGUGUCAGUUUGACAAACAUGAACAUGAAUUAGAGGAAUACGGUGACAAAGGAGAAACUAGCGAAGAAGAAGAAGUACAGGAAGAAAACAAGAAAAGUGAAGGUAGCAGCGAUGACAGCGACGAUGAAGAUACGACGGAAGAAAGCGAUAGCGAAGAAAAUGACGUCCUUGAUGCAGAGGAAAAGGUAGCUGAACAACAUUCAGAUAUAAAUGCAAGAGAAGAGAAUACUAAAAUAACGGAAAAUCAAUCUUUACUUCAAAAUCACUACAAAAGUGAAAACAGUAGUGAAAAUGAUGAAAGUGAAGAAGAACAAGAUGUUGAAGAUGAAAGUGUAGAAGAGACCAGUGAGGAAGAAGAAGAAGGAGAAGAAGAAAGGGUCGUGGGGGUUGAGGAAAAUGACGAGGAGGAAGAAGAAGAAGAAGAGGAAAACGAGGAUAAUGAGAGGGAGGACGAGGGUGAGGCUGAGGACGAGGACGAGGACGAGGACGAGGACGAGGGAGAUGAAGAUCAGGAUAGCGACGAGGAGGACGAAGAGGAAGACGAAGACGAAGACGAGGAUAGUGAAAAAGUUUGAAGAAAGUAUAGGAAUGAAAGAUUUGUAAAGGAAAAUCGUUGGUUUCUAGUUUUGCAAACCAAAAUGAUGAACGUUAAAUUUUCUAAUAGUUUAAAUCCUUACAGGUUAAAAAAUAGUUACUCUUUUUUACAAAUCAAAGUGAAUAGACAUAUGAGAAUAUUGCAUUUUCCAAAGUCUAAGGUAUAGUUUUGUCCGAUCGGAGAUAACCACGAGAUUCAUCAUACUUCAUUUUUACUGCAGAGCAUUUUGUCAAAGUAUAUGGUACCGUGAUCCAUCAUUCAAAAUUCGACACUUCAUAUAUGGACAAUUCACAUCUACUUUAUAAUAUCUUUUUAAAAUUGCUUAAGUUAUGUGUAUACUUUCACAGAAUUCUAAUUCCAUGCCAUAUCUUAAAAACACAAAAGCCUUUUUUUAACUCCAACACUUUGUUGUACAUUUAUCACACUUCCACGCGAGUUGGCCUUAGUAGUUAAUAUAAAGUGUAUACAUAGCAUUAAAGUAUACCAAUAUGAAAAAAUUAAAGUUAUAUAGUAUGUAAUUCAUAAUCUUACUCCGUAUCAUGAUAAUUGAUAGUUUCUUACUGUGCGUUUCUGCUCAGUUUGGAAAAAUUACACAACGAUGGUACACAAUGACAAGGAUGUAACAGCUCUGAAGUUAUAACCAGCAUGUGCAAAAUAUCAUGAGAUCCAAACAACUUGAUGCAAUGGCCAAAGCUAAUUAAUUGCUAAUAA